AUGAAUAGAGUCUGGAUAGAAGGAACCGAAUUUCUGUCAACACUAGCUGCUUUGAACUCUCAUUAUGUGGAUGCUGAGGCCGCUGGGGACGAAACUGAAAGCGAAGCCGGCUGGAUUGAAGGCGUCGCUAUUCUGGGCGCUGUUUGUGUGGUUGUCCUUGUGGUGGCCUUCAACGACUGGUCCAAAGAACGUCAAUUCCGUGGCCUUCAGAACAAGAUUGAAUCAGACCAUAAGUUCGCAGUCAUCCGAAAUGGUCAAUUGGAACAGCUGCCUGUGUCUGACAUCCUCGUCGGUGACGUCUGUCAGGUUAAAUACGGUUAG